ACCCGACAAACCAGUUUGAGUGGGCAAUCCAGCUCUCCUUCGUGUGUUUGCUUCAUUCAGUACACCGGUGCAGUCCGGUGUAACAGAUUUUUCAGUCGUUGAAGACCAGAAAAAGCCGACUUCCUUUACUGAUUUGAUUGUAAAAGCUAUAGCACGUAAAGAUAAAUAGCAUCGAAUGAUAGCACAACAUAACGUAACGCAAACAUCAUAAAUCGCUUUAUUUUCCACACUAACACCGCCCAACGUGUUAUAUAUUUUCGACACUCCGGAUUGUGAAAACAAACGCCCCUUAGCACAUCCGGGAUAUUACGUCAAACGCGCUGUAAUUCAAACUUCAGGAAACGAAAGCGUUUGGUUAGAAAACGGUCUUGUUGUCACAAACAGACUUCAGUUUCAGCGGAUUAUCUUCAGUUCUCUUUAUUUAAGUAGAGGUUCCUUUCUCAACACCCAACACCCAACAAAGCAGUCAUGACAUCUAAAGGUGCCAAAGAGACCAUCGUCACCAGGUUGGGUUUCAAAUCCAGCAGCUCUGCCUCCAAGGCUGAGGCAGAGCUGGAGAAAGUCAGAAAGGAGAACGCUCACCUCAAGAAGAAGAUUGAUGAACUGGCCAAACGACACAUCAAACCACCCGACUCAGACAAAACCAAGCUGCUGGAGAGGAUCCUUUCCCUUGAGACGCUGCGAGAGAGAAACAAUCAGCAGUUGCUCGUUAAAGAGCAGGAGCUUGAAACAGUGAGACAGCAGCUGUCAGCUAGAGGAGGAGAGGUGGUAGCAUCACUGCAGGCCCAGCUGGAGCAGCGGAGGAAGGAGGCCGAGCAGAGAGACACGUUGUUCCAGAACUUGACGCAGGAGACAGGAAACCUGAAAAACCAGCUGGCCACCGUCUCUGCCCGGUGCCAGUCCCUGGAAACACAGGCGCUGAACGGACAUGUACCUCCUGCAGACUUGGCAUUAUUGCAAGAUCAACUGAGAGACGCUCUUGAGAAGAACCAGCAGUGGAUGACGUACGACCAGCAGAGAGAGGCCUACGUGCAGUCGGUCCUCGCCCGCACGCUGGAGCUGGAGCAGCAGCUGACCCAGGCAAAACAGCAGCAAACCAAACAAGAGGCCACUUCAGAUGCUCCUGCCAACUCAGCAGGUCCAGAAAAGGACGCCCAGCUGAAGAGCCACUAUGACCAGCUGCUGCUGGGGGUACAGAAAGACCUGGAGAGGCAAAAAGAUGAAGUUACCAGAGGCCAACAGGAGCUCAAUGUGCAGAGGGAACAGACCUUGAAAGCUCAUGCCGAGCUGCAGUCUCAGAAGGAGCAGGUCACCUGGCUCCAGGAGGAGAUGUCGGCGCUGCAGAGGAGGUACGAGGACAAGAGCAGCGAUCUGUCGUCCUUCCUGAGGAAGUACGAAGAGAAGAGCAAAGAGUCGGAGGACGCGAAGAUGCAGCUGCACGCAGAGCGACACGGCAACAGACAUGCAGUGAGUGAGGAGCGAAAGGUGUCGUCUGAGCGGUCAGACAGGAUGCGAAUGGAACUGGAGAAUAUGGACAUCAGAUUGGAGGAGGAGAGGAAGAGAUCAGCUGAACUUCUACAGCAGGUGAAUAUGCUGCAGAAGUCUCUUCUGAGCCAAAACGAAGAACAGAGGAGAAUCGCAGCACUGGAGCAACAGAAUCCAAAGUUUUGUGACUUUGUGGACAAACAGACUGGAUACAAGACUAAAUGCAUGCUCACCUUCCCUCUGAUGGCUGACAAAGAGUGCCUUGGAGUCGUCAUGGCACUAAACAAAAUAGGAGCUGACUCGUUCACUGCAGAGGAUGAGAAGCUCUUCCACAAGUACAUGAACUUUGCCCAAGUCAUCGCCCUGCAGCAUUUCACCGCCUACAUGUUCAACGUGGAGUCCAGAAGGAGUCAGGUGCUGCUCUGGUCGGCCAGUAAAGUGUUUGAGGAGUUGACAGACAUCGAGAGACAGUUCCACAAAGCGCUCUACACUGUAAGGACCUAUAUACAAUGCGAACGAUACUCAGUGGGCCUGUUGGACAUGACCAAAGAGAAGGAAUUCUAUGACGAAUGGCCGGUAAAACUGGGAGAUGUGGAACCCUACAAAGGACCAAAAACGCCAGACGGCAGGGAAGUCAUUUUUUACAAGAUCAUCGACUACCUCCUGGAAGCCAAAGAAGAAAUCAAAGUCAUACCUGGUCCGCCUGUAGAUCACUGGGCUCUAGUUAGCGGCUUACCGACCUACGUUGCAGAGAAUGGCUUUAUUUGCAACAUGAUGAAUGUGGCUGCAGACGAUUUCUUCAAAUUCCAGAAAGAGGCUGUGGACGACACAGGUUUUGUCAUCAAGAACGUUUUGUCGCUGCCCAUUGUCAACAAGAAGGAAGAAAUUGUCGGCAUCGCCACUUUCUUCAACAGGAAAGACGGCAAGCCAUUUGAUGAAUACGAUGAGCAGAUCACUGAGGCCCUGACACAGUUCUUGGGUUGGUCGGUUCUGGUUUGCGACACCUACGACAAGCUGAACCGCAUGGAGUACAGGAAAGACAUCGCCCAGGAGAUGCUCUUGUGCCAGACGAUGGCAACCAAAGACGAGCAGCAGUCCAUACUGAACACCAAUGAGAAGCUUGGCGGAGAGCCUGAAGACUGCGACCAGAAAGAGAUGUACAAACUGUUGAGAGCGACCUGCCCGACAGCCGACAACGUCAACGGAGAAAAUCUGUACCUCUUCUCCUUCAGCGACUUCCCCGUUACCGAGCACGGACUCAUCAAGGCCGGCAUUCGCAUGUUCUUUGAGCUCGGAGUUGUUGAAAAGUUUAAAGUUCCCGCAGAGACGCUGACCAAGUGGAUGUACACGGUGAGGAAGGGUUACCGUAGCAUCACCUACCACAACUGGAGGCACGGCUUCAACGUGGGCCACACCAUGUUCUGCCUGCUGCAGACAGGGAGGCUGAGGAAGUACUACUCUGAUCUAGAUGCCUUCGCCAUGGUGGCUGCCGCUUUCUGCCACGAUAUCGACCACAGAGGAACCAACAACCUCUACCAGACAAAGAGUGGAUCUCCUCUGGCUAAACUUCACGGCUCUUCCAUCAUGGAGAGGCACCACUUGGAGUACAGCAAGACGCUGAUGGCUGAGGAUAGCCUGAACAUCUUCUGCAACCUCCAGAAGCAGCAGUUUAAGAACGUGCAGCACUUGUUUGACGUCUGCAUCAUCGCCACCGAUCUGGCCCUUUACUUCAAAAAGAGAACCAUGUUCCAAAACAUUGUGAACGCCACAGAGCCGAUGCCAGAUGAAAAGGAGGCCAUCGCCUUUAUUUCCAACAACCCCACCAGGAAGGAAAUCGUGAUGGCCAUGAUGAUGACAGGUUGCGACUUGUCAGCUAUCACCAAACCCUGGGAGGUACAGAGCAAGGUGGCUCUGAUGGUCGCUGCUGAAUUCUGGGAGCAGGGAGAUUUGGAGAGAUCUGUUUUGGACCAACAACCAAUUCCCAUGAUGGACAGAAACUGCGCCGAGCAACUACCCAAGAUGCAGUGUGGUUUCAUCGACUUCGUGUGCUCAUUUGUGUACAAGGAGUUCUCCAGGUUCCAUAAAGAGAUCACGCCCAUGUUUGACGGUCUGAACAACAACAGGGCGCAAUGGUUCAAGCAGGCCGAGGUGUACAACGCAAAGAUGAAGGCCAUUGAGGAUGAGAAGAAGAAAGCGGAGGAUGAAGAAGCCAAGAAAGCUGGUGGAGACGGGAAGUCAAAGACCUGCACCAUCUGCUAAGUUCCUCCGGUGUUUGGAUCUGGACUGACGUGGUCUGGUUAGGACUAAUCCAGCCUAUUGUGGUCUGACAGCUAGUCUAGUUGGAGCUCGACUUGGCCAGCUCGGUCUGGUCUGAUCUACACCAGCGUAGUUCUCUCUGGUUAGGUGCUGUCCACUCUAGUGCAGUCCGGUCCAGCCCUGUUUGGUCUGGUCUGGCUCAGUCUAGCCUACUUUAGUCUAGCGUAGUCCAGUCUGCCGUCGGCCUAACUGUUCUCCGAGGAGCGAAGAGUCAGCGACAUCAACCAAGAAGCAAUGUUGGGACUCUGACUGCGAGAGAGAAGCCUGUUUGACUCGGAAGAUGUGAUGCAUUUGAAACUUUCUCCUUCCUCUGCUUCGUGCAACACACAGACAUGAACUUUUGGAAAAAUAUCUACAUGGACUAACCGAUAUAUAUCCCUUUUAAACAUAGCAAUAAUAGAAACAUUCCUGACAUGUAUGGUUUGAAAACCAUGGUUGGAUGAGCUCAGAAGCUGUAAGCAAGUCAAACUCUUCAGUAUAAAUAGCUCAGCUAGGGGACGGCAUGUGCCGCAUGUGGUGUGUAUGCAUGCCAAAGCAAUAGUUUUUCACACAGUGUUCCUAUUGGCAGCCAGUUACCACACAGUAUAGUAGUACUGGAGGUUGCACAAUGCACUUAGCUGCUGCUGUUUUGGCAGCGGCAGGCCAUGAGUGGAGGGCGGGUGGGCAGGCAGGGUCGAUAACUUUACACUCACUGGGAUCAGAGGAACGGGGUUAAAAUUCAGUUGUUGGUUAACAGUUAGAGUAGCGCGAGUUGUGGAAUUAAUUCCUCGAGGAAUCUGCAAUGUGAAGGAUCUCUUAAUGCUGAAGCUCAGAUACAGGAAGCGACGACGUGCAAUCGACAAGGGCUGAUGUUCUCUUACCUCAAAGUCGCUGACGAGUUGUGUGAGAGGGUGUAUUUAUUUGAAUAUGCAAUUUAUCUAUAUACAUAAUAUAUUUUUUUUUUGUCUGACAAUUUUGUACUUGAACUGUUGGAGAGUUUGAGACGAGCUUUGAGAGAGGGCGUUCUGAAUGUGUGAACAAAUGCACGCUUAAAUCACAUUCUAGAACAUGUAUUUGUGCAACUGUAUUGUCAGCUUUGACAAAACACCUGUAAAGCUGUUUAUCCUUUAUGUCCAACAACCUGGAAGAAAACAAACAAAAAAAUGUUUUUUUUUAAUUGUCACAUCAGUGUUUAGAGCAAAAUUAUAAUUCCAUAUUUGGGUGUGGGUAUCCCCAGAGGCCCCGUGAUACAAUAUUAGCACGACACUUAAGUCACGAUACGAUCUUAUUGCAAUUUUAAACAUUUUUGAUAGUAUUGCGAUAAGAUAUAUUACAAUUUAUUACCUUUUUUCAAAUGCAAAUUAUGCAGUUUGUCAAUAUAUCUGUUUUAUCUAAUAAGAUACAGUUUCAACUCUGUUCAUCUCAGAGUCUUCAUUCAGAUAUCUUGCGGUGUGAAAUGACCAUGCCAGUUCUCCUCGACAAAAUGUUGCAUAUAUUGGAGCUUUAUUUAGUGUUCUUCCUGACAAGCCAACAUUACACGGGUGGUAUCAAUCACCCGCUGCAACCUCUAAAAGGCCGAAUAGAAUCCGGAUGUGAUGAGGUUAAUAGUUUAUAUAAAAAAAUAUCGAUACUUGACAUCCGUGUAUUGAUUAAAUGUUGCCACACAAAAUAUCGCAAUACUCUGCUGUAUCGAUUACUUUUCCUUAUCGAUUCAAAAAAAGAUAACUUCUUUUAAACGUGCAUGAUUUCACAUGUAUAUAGCUAAUUACAUAGAAAUUGUAAAUUGUGUAAACUUAAGAAUAACUGAAUUGUAAAACUGAUUUGAAGGAUGUACAGUAAAAGCAACCAGCCAGUCAAACAGGAUACAGUAGAUAUCUGCCUCUCCCUGUAAGAAGAUUGGAUGGGAUUUGAUUUGAUUGCCAGCCAGCGUUUGGGAUCCACACAGCUUUAGACUUUAAAUACCCUUCUUACAGAGGAGGAGGUAAAGCAGGCUACCAAAGCCUUGUAUGUAUGUGUUGGACUACUUGGUGUUUAAAGUGUGGCAGAUGCAGCUAUAGCAUCAUCGAUUGUACGGUGGCACAGGCCAAAGUCCUCCGUUUUCUGAUGCAACAGCGUGACGAAUCGCGCAAUAACUGCUGUUUGAUGUCUAGUCAGCGUGAAUCUCCAUGUGAACCUGAAUUGAACUUGAUCUGAAUUGACAGUGCACCUUCUGAAACACUUUUAGCAACGUCCCUCCCGUGGCGAAGGCAAGCUGCGGCUCUCAACUUCCUGUUACACAACAUCUUCUCCUCUAAUCAACGGGGCAUCAAUCAAAGGCACUUAAUCCAAUCAGAAUGGCUCUGGGACAACCUUUUCUGCUGCUUGAGGCGAGGCGAGGAGCCGUCGUGGUCACUGGAGCCCGAACUGUGCAAAAAACAUUUAGCGAUACAUUAUUUAGCCAUGAAUUUACCUCAUUGUUCCUGCUGCACACAUCCGUCUCCAGUGAUAAAAAUGGCCCCUCGCUUCUCCUUUCAAGGAUCCUUUUGUGAGAUACCAAAUAAAUGCACUGUAUGCUUUCUACUUAACCCAUCAACUGUCUUUCAGACAUUAGAAAUUUGACGUACGAGAUGACCUCUACUGUAUGUAUGUGUCAUGAGAUGUAAUAUGUGUAAGCAAAUAAAAGGAAUUUAUGGAAGUGUAAGAA